UAUUAGUUGUUGGUUAGUUUGUGCAAUGCACAUGCGAAAGAGUUAGAUUUUACUCAUUUUGUGUAAUUUAACGGGUAUUUCAUCUUUGUAAACAAAUCUUUCUGUGCUAAAUUAUGAUGUCAUUUUAGUAUCGACAAAUGUCAUUCCAGCAACGAGAAGUUAUUCGCUCUUAAGUUAGUGGCAAUUUUGUUAUUUUUGAGGUAGGCCUAGUAAGUUAUCACAUUUAAGAUGUUGGCUGGGUUAUUUGGAGAAGAUGAACACGCUGGUCGUGGAUCGGAACCAAAAGAGGUAAACAGUGAAUCAACUGUUCCCUGUCCUCCCCGUCCUCGUGUACAGUGCGGACUGGCAGGAAUCCGGAAUCAAGGAGCUACCUGUUAUCUCAACUCUCUCCUACAAACGCUUUUUCUUACACCCGAGUUCAGAGAAGCUUUAUUUGAUCUUGGCGAUGACGAUCUUGGGAGACUUGAGGAGAAGGAUGUACCAGGGAGUAAGGUAAGAGUGAUUCCCAUACAGCUACAGAAGCUGUUUGCCAGGCUGUUGCUAAGUGACCAGCAAAGUGUUCCGACUGUUGAUCUAACUGAGAGUUUUGGAUGGACAAACAACGAGGAACUUCAGCAGCAUGACGUCCAGGAGUUAAACAGGAUCCUGUUUAGUGCUAUUGAAGACUCCCUGGUCGGUACUCGUGGUACAGAUCUCAUCAGCCGACUCUAUCACGGCAUGGUUGUCAAUCAGAUUAUCUGUACCGUGUGUGGGAAGGUUAGCGAGAGAGAGGAGGAUUUUUUGGACCUGACUGUGACAGUAGCUGGUAAUACUGAUCUAGAGAAUGGUCUCUACAACGCCUUCUGUGAGAUGGAAUCUAUGGACGGACGAAACCAGUACCGCUGUGAAUCCUGUAACAAACUGGUCAAUGCAAAAAAGGGAGCAAAAAUACGAAGUCUUCCAGAAAUUUUGACCUUAUCCCUACUGAGGUUCAGCUUUGACUUUGUAAAGAUGCAGCGAUUCAAGGAAUCUGGUAAAUUUGUGUUCCCUCAGUCACUAGACAUGGCCCCAUAUCUGGAAGAGGCGACGUCCCCCGUGAAGUACAAGUUGUUCUCCGUAGUAAUACACCGAGGUGGGGCCUACGGGGGACAUUACCAUGCUUACCUCCGAGAUGUUGAUGCUCUUGGCAAGUGGACAAGUCCAGAAGAGGAAGCCAUACAGUUACCUAAAGACCCGAGUACUGGUGAGGUGGAUUUCAUCGAGUGUGAUUCCCCUGUAGAUCUCAUACAUACCAUACUGACUAGAUCACCAGCUAAGAUGCUCUCUGUAGACAAAAUCUGUGCUGAAAUCACAAAACAAACAGGUGUAUCAUGGAACAAAAGGUUCAAGCGACACUAUGGAUCCAUACAUAAGUUCCUAGAGAAGCACAGUGAAGAAUUCGUUGUAGAUACUGCUUCACAUCUCGUGUCUCUAAGGGAGAUAACUUCUGUCCAGAAGGAGGGAUUAGCCGGCGGAUGUCAGACAGCCAUUACAGAUCUGUCUCCAGAGGAAUCAGUUCCUGACAAUAAAAGGACACAAUCACCUGUACCGGAAAUCGGAAGUUGCUGGUUCAACUUUGACGACGCCCGUGUCCAUCCAAUGAGGGAGCGCGAGAUCCAGAAAACGUUUUCAGGAAAAUCCAGCGCUUACAUGCUUUUCUAUAGGAAAGAAUGUUUAGUGAGGCCCCCAGAGGCAAUCGGAGACCCAACAUACCGGCUACCACAAAAUCUACUGUCAGAAGUUAUCCAGGAAAAUGAGGAUUUACACUUCCAGAGAGAGUUAUACGACUUAGAAAUCAACACAAUUUGUCUACACAUUCAGUUCGAGGAUACGUUUGAAUAUUUUGAUGGUUCCUUGUGUCUAAGGACACAAACAGCAAAAACACAACUCACUCUUGACAGGAGAAAAACCGUGAGAGAUUUGAAAGAAGCUAUCCUUGAGGUAGCAGAAGGCCGUAUAGCUGGAGACUUCCACAUACAUCUGAUGAAGGAACUUGUGGCUGGUUACCACCUGUAUGAGGAUGUAUCAUGUGAUGAUGAUUUACCACUGAUAAAGACACCAGUAGAUGACGGGAACAUGCUGCUUGUAUGGGAAGGUGAAAAGAUAAACGGUCAGUGUGUCCCGACAGGUGCGGUUUGUGAACCGAUCUUCCUUACUGUGAUAUAUGGACAGCCACAAUCAGAAUUUGCUGAUGGAUUUCCCAAAAACAUGACCUUGUAUGAUUUUAAGGUCAAAGUGUCAGAUAGAACCAACAUACCUCUGAGUCAGAUGACCUUGAAGAAGAUCUCAGGUGAAGGAGUAUCCCAGAAGCUUGUUGAGUUUACUGAGGAUGAAAUAGGAUCCACAUUAAACGACUUACAGCUGACAGACUUUGACCAGUUUGUGGCUGAAAACAAGAACAGACAAAGUAUUGGAGAAAAUGUGAUACUAAAUAGCACAAAGGUGGCCCUCUUUGUUGAAAACAAGUGUAACAGGACACCAGUUGACGGGAAUAGGAUUACUAUUCGCUUGGAUGUUGAUAAAGAUACGAGUGUAGGUGAAGUGAAGAUCCUGGCCAUGUCUAAGUUUGACCUGUAUGAGGUAGAGGAUGGAGGUCGCUUGAGAAUUGACCAUGACACACUCGGGCUUCGGCCACCUUUACAUGAACAACUGACGGUUGAGGAAGCAUCCCUAACAGGGGGGACAACUCUAAUCCUGGAAGGUGGACAAAGUCCUGCCUCAAACCAGAUAACCUUGACCUUCACCUCAAGUGACCCAAAAGUUGAUGUUGUGUGUAAGGAAGUUAUACUAGACAAGUCGUCGACCGUGGAAGAAUGUCUGGAAUGUAUUAAAAGGAGACUCGGGCUGAAAGAGGACUGUUGGCACCUGCGUAAGACAAACUGGUGUGGAGAGGCAGCAGAAGUACUGGACGACAUGGACCUACCCCUGGGUCAGAGUCUGGUCAAUGAUGGGGACCAUCUGCUCCUAGAGGAAGGAAAACUGCCACCCAAGGGGUACAUUCGUCCAUGUGUGGUGUUAUAUCCGACGCUGGAAGGGCCGUACCAGUCUGACAUAAACACUGGGGGAAUGCUUUCCUGGAUCACAUCCGGAAUCAAAGACUUGCUGAGGCUGAACCAGGCACCAUCAGGGGAAGCUAGUGAAGUCCAGGAACCUCUGAUGAUAGGAGAGGUAGAAGUCUCACUCCAGGACACGCUGGAAGACUUCCAACAGCUGGUCAUGACACUACCUCUAAUGGCUGACAUCAACAUCCCCACGACAAACUUUAUACGUGUCCGGCUCAUAGAGGACGGACGACUGAGCACAGUACUCCGGCCAUCUAAUCAGACUCUACAGAAGCUGAAACUGAAGUCGUGCUGUAAAAUUGCGAUCCAGGUGUUAUCACAAGAGGAGAAAUUAAGUGCUAAUGAGGUCGUACUUCAGGUUCAGCAAAGAGUCCCAGAGACAAGGAUGUACAUGGCUCCACAUGAAGUGAUAUGGGAUGUAUCCCAGGGUGCCACAAUUCAAAACCUGAACCAGACACUGAGCAAUGCACUAAUUAUUGAGGAGCAGUACCUUCACCUGGCCAAACAUUUCCCUAAGAGAUAUGAGUGGCUGGUCAUCCAGGAACAGCAGCAACCAAAGAAAAAUAAUCAGAAAGGAAAGAAGAAGGGAGGGCUGAAAUGUAACCUGAAAAGUGCUCCAUUUCACAUCCGUGAUGGUGACACAAUUGGAGUGAAGGAUAUGCAGUUUGACCAGAUGAGGAAGAAUGACUUUGCCACAUUAGAAGAUGAUUAUGGACAAAUGGAGCUACAGAAACAGGUGGAGGAAAAGAAAAAAGAGAGGGAGAUGAGGAAAAAGAGACAGGAAGAAUUUGGUGGAUUUGGUCCCAGGAGUAACAGGCCUGAGGUAGCACUUACCAUCAAGGUCGACAACUUCAGAUAGCACAGUUCAAAGGUCAUCUGGGUGAAUUCGCAGUUCAAAGGUUAAUUGAGGUCCCCAUAUGGAAGACACUGUGAAGGUCAAGGUCAACAAAACAACUAGAUUAUGUGUCAAAGACAAAUACAAUGUAGAUGAUUUGUGAUGGCCUGUUGAUUAGAGGAGAGAGUUGGGUGAAACUGAACAAUGAAUGUAGAGAGUUGUUGAUGAGUUGGGUAUGUUUGUUAGUAAUGUUUGGGAAGAGGGGUUUGGGGUGCGAGUUAGGGAUGUGUGGGGUGCAAGGUUGUACGCGCGAGGUUGGAUUUCAAAUUGAACUGAUGAUGCCCAACUGCUGAAAAUAGACAAUUUGGAAUCAUGGUCUUAAUUUUACGUGGAAAUGCAAAUUCAGGUGAAGUAUGUUGUUGUCACAAUAAGAUAAUAAGUCAGAACUUAGCUUGUGAGUAAAAAAUUAAGUUUGUAUUACAAAGGUGAAUGCAUCAUCAAACAGUUGAUGUACAUUGUAUUUAAUAAUUGUUUGAACAUUUUAUUUUUCAUAUUUCACUCUUUUGUUUUGAUUGUUGAGACAGAUUUUCUUUUCAAUAUUUUUUACUAAUAAUGAAUUUCUUUUGUUUCAUAUUAAAAUAAAGAUUUUAACAGCCAAGCUGAAAUCUUUAUAAUUUGUUUUAUUAUAUCAACAGAGAUAUAUCUAAUGGUUUAUAUCUGUGAUACUGUGAUAUGAGUAAGCUGGAGGGCAAAGCCUUCUUCUAGCAAAUGGAAAAUUCUUUCAAUAACAAAGUAAUAAGUGCUAUAAGUAUUAAUUUAUAAAAACAUAAUAAAUCCUUAAAGAUAUUAAGGGUGUAUAUGCUGUCUUGUGUUAAUUUUAUUCAAGUUUCCUGUGAUUUGUUGUAUUGAAGUUAUCUCCCUUGAAUAAUAAUUGUUUAUUAUCAUUAAAGGGACAUGUAAUCUUUAA